UUGUUUGCACAGUACUCUCAACAUUAACAAUUGGGAAUUAUUGAAUAGACUGUGUAUUUUCCAGCAUCAUCAUCAAAGCAAAGCAAAACCAAUGAUGACGUGGUUCAUAUGUAGAAAAUGAAAGUUUGGACAUGUUGACCACACGUCCAAAGCUUUCAGUGUCAGGAAAAUCUUCAGUCUUUAAUCAGUUUUUCAAAAACACAAAUUGUUGUCAACUUCAAUUAAGCAACGAAGCUUUUCGGAGUUAAAUUCAAGCAAUCAAGGAACAACAUUGUAAAAUAUUGAGUCUUUACAAGUAAAACCCUUGAACUUUUAAAACAUUUGAAAUGUUCUUCGCUACAGUACCAUGAAAAUUACAGCUAAAAAGCAGGUUUGUACUCCAAAAAUAUGUACACUGCGGGAAAAACAUAGUUUGACAACAGGACAUUUAAAAAAAUAUAGAGGCAAAAAUAAGAAAAGAAAAAAGAAAUAGUUACAUUCCUGAGUUUUGACAUAUCUGUACAUAGGCCUAACUAAUAAAUACAGACGAUGAGAAUUAGAACCGUGGAGCUACAUUUGUUCUCAGGUUAUUGCGGGAUCUGUCGCAUAGCAACAUGACUCAAACUGCACGAGGAAACCUUUCAGGUUGUAGGUUGUGCUCUUUCAUCUCUCCGUUUGCUAGUUUUGCACUUUCUAAAGUUUGUCCGCAGCUUUCAACACGAUGUCGACCGUGUUAUCUCAGCCCCAUUUUAUUUUCGGCCUCCGGAAAGGCGUGAAGAACAAUUUGUGUUUUGUUGACGAGCAAACGGUGGUGUUCCCCAGCGGGAACAGCUGUGUGAUCCAUAACACCGUCAAAAGAUGGCAGCACUUCAUUCCAGGUUUAGAGGGAAGCCUUGGCCUACGUGCUUUGGCUCUAAGUCCAAACCAGCGCUACUUGGCAGUGUCAGAGAAGGCUGAGGAGGUCUCCAUCACCGUGUUUGACCUUCAUCAGGAACACGGCAUAAAGAAAAAAGUUCUAACUGCAGGAGAUUUUCUAGUUCAAGAGUUCUUGUGCAUGGCUUUCUCUCCUGAUUCCAAGUAUCUUGUCGGUCAAAGUGGAGCCCCAGAGUGGUUGUUGAUCUUCUGGAGUUGGGAGAAAAACAAAGUCUUGGCAACAGUGAAGACAACCAACUCUAAUAAUCCCAUUUCACAGAUCAGCUUCAGUCCUCACAACAACAUGCACGUCUGUGUGAGUGGCAAAGGCGUGUUCAAGCUGUUUCGGUACUCAGAAGGCAACCUGAAACAGAACAGCAUUGCAAAGGUGGAGUCAAUCAACUUCCUGUGUCACACCUGGGUGUCAGAAGGCCGAGUCAUAGCAGGGACAGACACAGGAAGGCUGCUGGUGUCUGAGUCCGGUGACGUGAGGAGGGAGAUCAAGAUGUCCUCUGAACCUGCACAGGGCCAGACUGAGAGGAACCUGGAAGUGAGACGAAUCAAAGCAGGGAAUGUGACAGAAGGCGUGGCCAAGUGUUGCAUCACCGCCGUCCUGUCCUACUCCAAGGGUUUUGUGUGCUCCUCCGGUCCGGGCACAGUCUCUCUGUUUGAACAGAUAGAGCUGGACGUCUACAGGAAAAGCAGAGAGAUACAGAUUCUCCUAGCUCCAGCCAGCAGUGGCUCAGCUCCAGCCCAGUGUCAGGAGAUAGACACCAUAUGCAUGAGUCCUGCAGAGGAGACGCUGGCUGUCAGCACAGACCGAGGCCAACUGUACAGCAUUAAUCUUUCAUCUGCUGAAAUGAAGAGGGAGGAACAACUGCAUUUUGACUUUUUGUCCCAGCCCUUCCACUCUGACUCCAUCACCGGUUUGUCCAUCUGCAUCCGUAAGCCCUUCAUGGCCACAAGCUCUUUGGAUUGCUCCAUACGGAUCUGGAAUUACGAGACGAAAGAGUUGGAGUUGUACAAAGAGUUCCAACAGAAGGCGUUCAGUGUGGCUUUGCAUCCCACGGGCCUCUUUGUGCUGGUGGGCUUUUCAGACAAACUCCGGCUGAUGAACCUGUUCAUCAACAACAUCUCUACCUUUAAAGAGUUUGAGCUGCCCGGCUGCAGAGAGUGUGCCUUCAGCCACGGUGGCCACAGGUUUGCGGCCGUCGACGGAAACAUUAUUCACAUCUACUCUUUCACCUCGUUUGAGAACAUUCUCAAUCUAAACGGCCACUUUGGGAAGGUGCGAACCGUUGAGUGGAGCUUCGACGACAGCCGCUUGGUGUCUUGUGGGACGGAUGGCGCCGUGUACGAGUGGAACACCCACACCGGGAAGCUGGAGUGUGAGACUGUGCUCCAGGCCUGCAGCUACUACGGCGCUACUUUCUCCUGGGACUACAAGACCGUCCUGGCUGUAGGAACGGACCUCAUCCUGAGGGAGAUACAGGACUGCCAGGUGCUGAGGGAGGUUCCCGCUGAUGUGGUGGCUCACACCGCUCUUGCCGUGUCUCAGUCCGGAAGGGUCGUCUUCACCGGUACCACCGGCGGAACCGUUAGAGCCGUUAAAUACCCCUUACCCGAUCAGAAGGAGUGGAUCACACAGCAGGCUCACUGCGGCCCCGUCACCAAGAUGGUGAUAACGUACGACGAUCAGUUCCUGCUGACGGCGUCCGAAGAUGGCUGCCUGUUGAUAUCCAAAAUCAUCGAUGAAAAGGGUCGAAGUCUGAGGAGCAACAGGCAGAUUGUUCACACCGAAGAGAUUCUUGUUACAAAGGCGGACCUGGAGGAAAGGGCUCACAACUUGUUGGAGCUGAAGAUGCAUCUGGAGGAGCUGCACAUGGAGAAUGAAUACCAACUCCGCCUGAAAGACAUGAACUACAAAGAGGAGCUCCAACAAGUGUCAAACAAGUUCAUGGAGGAAAUCAAGUCUCUGACAAGAACACAGCAGGUCCUGAGUGCGGAAAUAGAGCUGUGUGAAGAAGAAACCCAGCAGAAUUCUGCAGAAAUUGAAGUGAAACACUGCGAAGACUUGACGUAUCUAGAAACAUUUUACAACUCCAAGCUGACUACGGAGCAAGAAAAGUACGACGACCUUCUCCAGAAGUUAAAAGAAAUGCAGGAGGACUACGAGACACGGUUGACGCAUGCAGAGAAGGACCAUACCCAGAGUCUGGCUGAGGUCACGCAGAUGUACCAGGCCGAGCUGCAAGUGAAGACUGAACAAUUGAAUAAGUUUCAGGAGGAGGCUGAGCGAAGGAUCCGAGAGUAUGAAGAAACCAUAAGGCAGGCAGCGGAGGAAGAGCACCAGAAGAUCGACACCAUGAAAGACAAGUACGAGAAGAAACUCCAGUCAGAGAAAGAGGCCUUCACCAGGCUGAAGGGAAACACUGGCAAUAUGACACAAAAGAUCCGCAGUCUCCAGACGCAGAUCGAUGACCACUUGGAUGACAUGAUCUCCAUGAAGAAGGAGCGCCAGACUCUGACGGGGUUCAUCCGCACUCUGGAGACCGAUAUCGAUGUUCUGAAGAGACAGGUUGCUAAAUAUAGAAAGACCAACCAGGAAAAGGACACAGUUAUAUACAACGUGAAUUCUAUGAACCAGGAUCUGCUCAAGUUGAAGGUCGUCUUGGAAUUCAAGCUGAAGGACAUGAAGAGGCAGAUCAAGCCACAACAGGAAGACAUAAACAAAAAAGCAGAAACGAUAGAAAAGCUUAAGGAGGAGCUCAUGAUGAUCACUAGGAGCGGCAAUCGUCUGAAGGUCACCAUAUCUGAACUGAGGCUCAGACUGAGAACCAAAGACAAAGAAAUCCAAAAGGAGAUGCAAAAGGUGCAGGAUUUGACUACGCUUCUUGAGCGGGUCAGGUCAGACCUCCAGGUUUGUGUCUCCCUCAUCCAGGAUCCCAGGAAACUGAAAGACAACAUUUUGAUGAUAUACAGCCGAUACGCCUCAGGCACAGAGAGUCCAAAGAGGAUCAUUGCAGUUGAUGAGGGUGUGUGCUCCCAAUGUAGUCAACUGGAGAUGACUGUUAGCGGUCUUGAGAAGAAGCUGGUCAAAUCUGCUAAGAAUCACGAGGAUGUCUACACCAGGAUGAUGAAGGACAAUGUGGCUCUUGUUACCGAAAUCAACGAGCUCCGUAAGGCGCUGCACACCGAGCGGAGCAAGGAGAAAGCAAAGUUCAGCAAAACCACCUUCAAUGGUCCAGGUCACAUCCCACUUCAAAACAAAGGAGGUGAAGAAGAAACUUUACAAGGUGGAAUCAACUGAGCCCCUCCUUGUUUAGAGGAUAUUAACAUUUACGUAGAAUAAAAAUCUUUUUUUUU